AUGUGGUCUCUGUGUGUGUGUGUGUUGUAUCUGGUGACCCUGACCCCUGUGUUUCCCCUCUAUGCCCCCACAGAGCACGUGCCCCCGGAGCUGUGGGAGCCCUUCUAUACCGACCAGUACGCGCAGGAGCAUGUGAAGCCCCCGGUGACACGGCUGCUGCUCUCAGCCGAGCUCUACUGCAGAGCCUGGCGCCAGGCGCUGCCACAGCUUGAGACACCCCCCAACCCCUCUGCACUGCUGGCCCUGCUGGCGCGGAGGGGCACAGUGCCUGCUUUGCCCGAGCGCCCGGUGCGCGAGGCCGACCUGAGGCACCAGCCCAUUCUCAUGGGAGCCCACCUAGCUGUCAUUGAUGCCCUCAUGGCUGCCUUUGCCUUCGAGUGGACAAAGACCCUGCCAGGUCCCUUGGCCCUGACCAGCUUGGAGCACAAGCUGCUUUUCUGGGUGGACACGACUGUCCGGCGGCUGCAGGAGAAGACAGAGCAGGAAGCGGCCCAGCGAGCCUCUCCAGCAGCCCCUGCAGACGGGGCGGCCCAGGCGCAGCCUUCGUGCCCUACGCGCUGGUACUGGAAGCUGGUUCCUCACGCAAUUGCCUUCUGUUUGAAGGAGUCGGGGAGCAAACCCCCCAUGAUCCGAUACCGCAAGGACCGUGUGGUGGCGCGACGUGCCCCCUGCUUCCCGACGGUGACCAGCCUCCAGGACCUGGCCAGUGGGGCCGCACUGGCCGCCACCAUCCACUGCUAUUGUCCCCAGCUGCUUCGACUUGAGGCCUCCCCAUCUCAGAACAACAGUGGCAGUAGUUCUCCUGUCUUCAACUUCCGCCACCCGCUCCUGUCACCUGGUGGCCCCCAGUCCCCACUCCGAGGAUCCACAGGCUCCCUGAAGUCUUCCCCAUCCAUGUCCCAUAUGGAGGCCCUGGGCAAGGCCUGGAACCGGCAGCUCAGCCGUCCCCUCUCCCAGGCUGUGUCAUUCAGCACCCCCUUUGGCCUGGACAGCGACGUGGAUGUCGUCAUGGGUGACCCCGUGCUUCUCCGCUCUGUGAGCUCGGACAGCCUGGGCCCCCCGCCUAGACUCGGCAUCUGUCCCCAGGAUGAAGACAAGCCUGAGGAUGAGAUGGCCCAAAAGCGGGCCAGCCUGCUGGAGCGGCAGCAGCGGCGAGUGGAGGAGGCGCGGCGGCGCAAGCAGUGGCAGGAGGCGGAGAAGGAACAGCGGAGGGAGGAGGCCGCGAGGCUGGCCCAAGAGGAGGCCCCCAGCCCAGCCCCGCCUGUGUCCGCAGUCCCCGUAGCCCCGAUGGCGACCCCAGCCCCUGCUGCCCGGGCUCCAGCUGAGGAGGAGGUGGGUCCCCGGAAGGGGGACUUCACACGGCAGGAGUACGAGCGCCGGGCCCAGCUGAAGCUCAUGGACGACCUCGAUAAGGUGCUGCGGCCCCGGGCUGCGGGGUCCGGGGGCCCAGGUCGGGGCGGGCGGAGGGCCCCCCGGCCUCGCUCUGGCUGCUGUGACGACUCGGCCUUGGCACGAAGCCCAGCCCGCGGCCUGCUGGGCUCUCGGCUGAGCAAAAUCUAUUCCCAGUCCACCCUGUCACUGUCCACUGUGGCCAACGAGGCCCACAAUAACCUCGGGGUGAAGAGGCCCACGUCUCGGGCUCCCUCCCCGUCGGGUCUCAUGUCCCCAAGCCGCCUGCCUGGAAGCCGCGAACGGGACUGGGAAAAUGGCAGCAAUGCCUCCUCCCCAGCGUCAGUGCCCGAGUACACAGGUCCACGGCUGUACAAGGAGCCCAGCGCCAAGUCUAACAAGUUCAUCAUCCACAACGCCCUGUCACACUGCUGCCUGGCGGGCAAGGUGAACGAACCGCAGAAGAACCGCAUUCUGGAGGAAAUCGAGAAAAGCAAGGCCAACCACUUCCUGAUCCUCUUUCGCGACUCGAGCUGCCAGUUCCGGGCACUCUACACGCUGUCGGGGGAGACGGAGGAGCUGUCGCGGCUGGCGGGGUACGGGCCCCGGACCGUCACGCCCGCCAUGGUGGAAGGCAUCUACAAGUACAACUCGGACCGCAAGCGCUUCACCCAGAUCCCCGCCAAGACCAUGUCCAUGAGCGUCGAUGCCUUCACCAUCCAGGGACACCUCUGGCAGGGCAAGAAACCCACCACUCCCAAGAAGGGCGGCAGCACCCCCAAAUAGCCCCACCCGGGCAGUCCACGGGCCGGGCCCUGUGUGCUGUGGCCGCCGCCCCCCGGAGGACAGUCAGUCGGUAUUCCUGGGUCCUGUCUGUCCCCAGCCGUGUCUGGGUGGGGCUGGAGUCUCCACCCUCUGACUUUGAGUCCAGUCCUGCUGUGGGGGCUGAGCUGGGAGGUUCAGGGACUCAGGGCUCAGCUCAGUCUCCUUGUCUGUCCUCCCCCACUUCUUGAAUAAAAUAAUUUAAAGAGAAGUUGA